UAUCUUUGGAAGCUUCUCCAGCAUCAACGAACUCGACACAAUCUGAAUACAAUCCAUCUUGUCUGCCAUCACCAUGAACCAAUUGAAAACAUUUCUUUUGUUGCUGGCAGUGCUGACAUCCACCAAGACCCGAGUUGUCAAAGCUCUUCGAGAUCCCUUGGAUCGCCCAAACUUUGUUCUCUUCUUUGUGGAUGAUCUUGGAUACGGAGAUCUGGGAUUUACGGGACAUCCCACAACCUCCACACCCAAUAUUGACAAACUUGCCUGGAAUGGCAAAACGUUGACAACUUGGUACUCCGGAUGCUCAGUAUGUUCUUGCUCCAGAGCCGCUCUCAUGACAGGGCGCCAAUAUCCAAGAACGGGCAUCCGUGAAGUGCUGGGAGUGGUGGAUACCUUAGGACUGCCGCUAGAGGAAGUCACUAUUGCGGAACAGCUCAAGAAAGUAAACUACACCACUGGGAUAGUUGGAAAAUGGCAUCUUGGUCAGCGAUUGGCAUACUUGCCAAGCAACCAAGGCUUUGAUUAUUAUCUGGGAAUUCCAUACAGUGAUGACAUGGGAAACGGCAAGGAGACGAGUUGUUCUGGAGACAGAAAAUCUGAGGAUCCCCAGACAGAGGAGCAGGACAAAAUGAAAGGGAAACCACGACCUCCCCGUGACAACGAUUAUGCAGCCUGGUACCUCCCGCUUGUCUAUCAAGAACAUAACAGGACAAGAAUAGUGGAGCAGCCUCUGGAUCUCACAAAGUUGGCACAAAAGUACAACCAUUUUGCAACAAAGUUUAUUGAAGACAACAAGGAUGACCCCUUUUUUCUUUACUUUCCCUUCUCCCAUGUUCACACAACAUCAGGGAACAAUAACAAGUGGAAUUCCAUGCCAAACAAGCAAUAUGCUUCCUGCAGCUUUCAGAACAGAACCAAAAGAGGGGCCUUUGGGGAUGCUCUAGCAGAAGUUGAUUGGAUGAUUGGCAAUGUGUAUGAGACUCUGCAAUGUUUGGGACUAGAAGAAAACACCAUUAUAUUAUUCACGAGUGACAAUGGACCCUGGACUCCCCAGCACUAUGAUGGCGGAAGCUACGGGAUCUUCAGUGGGGAGUAUGCUGGGUAUCCUUGGACUGGGAAAGCCAGCACUUGGGAAGGUGGAAUUAGAAUGCCCGCCUUUGCUCACUGGAAAGGACAAAUUGAACCCUUCAGUCGAACAUCUCAAACAAUCAGCUCCAUGGAUGUGUUCCCUACAUUCUCACACCUUGCAGGUGUACCUUUGCCUGAUGGUAUUGUCUUGGAUGGAAGAGACAUGGCAGACAUUUUGCUGCAGGAGAAUGGUCAGUCAAAGCAUGACUUUCUUUUCUUCUAUGGCUUCUGCAAUGGUUAUUGGCCUCGGACGGGAGUUGCUGCUGUAAGACAUGGUCCGUACAAGGCACAUUUCUGCACAUCUCCUGGGCUCGGGGCAUAUGAAAGAACACCAACGAAGUAUGACAAGUAUCCGUUGCUUUUCAAUGUGGAAGAAGACCCAAGUGAGACAUUUCCGAUCUGUGAUGGGAACACAUUGCCAGAAAAUGACCCAGAUGCCCGUGCUGCUAUUGAAAGGAUUCUAAGAGCAUAUGCCAUGGAAAAGGCAACAUUUGAGUAUGGCAAGAUCCCACCACUCCCCCCAGGCCCUGGAGAAGGCAAGGGCCACUAUGGCGUAUGUUGCAACCGAUCCACAAACUGCUCUUGUGAAUCGCUGUGGGAUGAUAACUUCCAAAGUAGGCUGUUCAAUGUUGGAUCAGCAGAGCAUCAUGCAAGGUACCAUGAACAUCUUGGUGAAGAGAACCACAUGAAGGACACCGUUUGAUAGUGUUUGAUAGUGUUCCUGUAGUUUUAAAAUGGAAUCGGUAGUACUCAUUUGCUCCUAUGGUGUGCAGCAUUCACUGGCUAACCAAUGCAACAUUGCCAGAUCCAAGCUAGUAGAUCUACUGUAUGGCUAAAGUUUCAAUGCAUGUAUCUAAUUGUUUUAUGUUUGCGUUAUCAUGUACUG